AUGUUCCUUGUCAAAAACUUCCUUGGUGGAGGAGGAGGUGGCGGCGGCGGCGGCGGAGGCAAUAUCAAGAUUGGGGGAGCGAACAUCAACAUUGGCAAUGUUAUCGGAGGGUUUUUAGGUGGUGGAGGGGGGAGUGGAGGCGGUGGAGGCGGUGGCGGUGGAGGAGGCGGAGCCAUGGGAAUCCUGGGAGGAGUCAUCAGCGCCAUCAGGUGAGUUAAAAAAAAGAGUUUAUUUACAACAUAUACAGUGGUGCCUCGCAAGACGAAAUUAAUCCUUUCAGCGAGUCUCUUUGUCUUGCAGUUUUUUCGUCUUGCGAAGCACGGCUAUUAGCAGCUUAGUGGCUAUUAGCGGCUUAGCGGCUAUUAAUGGCUUAGCGGCUUAGCGGCUAUUAACGGCUUAGCGGCUUUAAGAAAAAGGAAACAAACUCGCAAGAACUUGCAAGACGUUUCGUCUUGCGAAGCAAGCCUAUAGGGAAAUUCGUCUUGCGGAACGACUCAAAAAACACAAAACCCUUUCGUCUAGCGAGUUUUUCGUCUUGCGAGGCAUUCGUCUUGCGGGGCACCACUGUACACAAGUGUUUAUAAAACAAACAACAGCAAAACCACAACCAAAAACCAAUAAAAAAUGUAUACAGUGGACGCUCGGGUUGCGAACGUGAUCUGUGCGGGAUGCACGCUCGCAACCCGCAGCAUUCGCAACCCGUGUCUGCGCACGCGCGGGUUGCGAUUCGGCACUUCUGCGCAUGCACAAAGCGCGGUUUAGUGCUUCUGUGCGUACUUCUGGGUUUCGGUGGUCCAUAUAAAAAAAACCCGCAACCUGAAGUGGCUGUAACCCGAGGUAUGACUGUACAAAUAAUCCAUAACAAUGUACCUAAAUUUAUACAAAACAAAUAGUGAACAAUACACACACACACACACACACACACACCAUAUUUACGUUCUCCUUUUCUUCCAGUUGACUUCCUUCAUCCUCUCUACAUGGUUCUCUUUUCAUUUUUAGUAAACUGUCUCCAUAAUAGUUUGUUAUUCCCCCCCCUUUUAAUACAAUUUUUAACUUAAGUACCAUAAAUUAUCCUGCAGACGUGAAUCAAAACAAAUCCAAGUAUUAAUUUGAGGGCACUGCUUUUUAAGGUGUUCCCCCAUUCUUUUUGAAAUUUUUGCUUGGACUGACCCCUAAUUGCCUCUGUCAUUCUGGCCAAUUCAGUGUAGUCAAAUAAUUUAUCCUGCCAUUCUUUUUUUUUGUCGUUAUUUCUUUUUUCCCAUUUUCCUGCAAAAAGUGAGUUUAUUAUAGAGUGGUACCUUGGGUUAAGUACUUAAUUCAUUCUGGAGGUCCGUACUUAACCUGUAACUGUUCUUAACCUGAAGCACCACUUUAGCUAAUGGGGCCUCCUGCUGCUGCCGCGCCGCCGGAGCACGAUUUCUGUUCUCAUCUUGAAGCAAAGUUCUUAACCUGAAGCACUAUUUCUGGCUUAGCGGAGUCUGUAACCUGAAGCCUAUGUAACCUGAAGCGUAUGUAACCCGAGGUACCACUGUAUUGCUUCUGUCACUGGCUUGUAAAUAGCCACUUGCCUGCUUACCAGGUAACCAGAAAGGGAAGACAGUGGUAGUUUUUAUUCUGAGCGUUUAACGCACCACAAAUUAUUGCAGAGGCAUGCAGGUAUAAAUUAUUAUGGCCUUAUACCUUGUCUGCAACCCCAUGCAUUUAAAUUCCUGCAGGGUAGCAUGAAAAUGGCCCAGCGAUCUGGGAUCCAUCCAGCCACAGUGCUCACUGGAUCCCAUCAAUCAAAACAUGUCAGUUCCCUCCUAAUGUGAUUGGAGAUUUCACUAUUUAGGCUACUAAGGCAGCAGAUGGAUUCUUCUGAGUCAAAGGUCUGACCCUGAGCCCGCUUUUAGUGCCAAGACCCAGCCUGAAAAAUGGGGAGUGAUAUGAAAGAAGAGAGGAACUCUGAGCACGUGCAAAGUUAUUUUCUCCAUAAUCCUGAGCUGCUGCAUUGCACACAUCUUGGAUUAGUCUUCCAGAACUGAAAUAAUAACUUGCAAAUCAGCUCAAUCCCCUUUUUCUUAUUUUGAAAUGAAAUAUCGCUUAGGAACCUGGAUCUGGGGUGGGUGUGUGGUUCAGAUGUCACCUUGCUUUAUUUCCUGUGUGUGUGUGUGUGUGAAAGAGAGAGAGAGAGAGAGAGAGAAAGAAAGAAAGAAAGAAAGAAAGAAAUAUCAAGGGAAAUGCUUAUACUAAGUGUCAAACCUUUGCAUACUUUCGUGUGCAGGGUUAGGCUGGACUGAGUCCCAAAAGCCCAGAACUCACCUUCCUUAUUUACCGUAUUUUUCACUCCAUAAGACGCACCUAGUUUUUAGAGGAGGAAAGCAAGAAAAAAAAUUUCUGAGCGAAACAGUGGAUGUAUGAUUUUUGUGGUUCAUGCUGUGGCCACAGACAUGUGAUGUGACGGUGAGUUUGGGGUAGCCCAAUGCAAAAAUCCUGAGGAUCCAUGUAGAUCCGUGCUUUGUAACCACGUUUUUGCGCCAUUGCGGCCCCACGAAACAGUGGGUGCGUGAUUUUUUUUGGUGCAGGCUAUAGCCAUAGACAUAUUAUGUGAUCUGAUGGUGAAUUUUGGGUGACCCAAUGCAAAAACCCUGAGGAUCCAUGGGCUUUUACCUCCCCCCUCCCAAGCAGCCUCUGCUAGCCUCCCUUAUCUCUCUUCCGAUCCCACCGAUCAGCUGUUUCCUUUCAACACUCCUUUCCCUCUUGUUUGCCUUAGUGUCUUUUCCUUAACUGGAGCAGUUUUUUGCUGCUCCUUUUCUUCUAAUUUCUCUCCUCAUUGCUUUAGUCUUCCUGUCUCCUCUCCUUGCAAGUUUGCUCUUUACCUACCCCCUCACAGGCAGCCUCCUUUAUCUCUAGUGUCCCUUAUCUCCCUCUCGAUCGGCAAACGAUCAGCGGCUUUGUUUCAACACCCCCUUCCCUCUUUCAAAAAAAAAGCAUGCUCUGUUUUUUGCCCCUGGGCAAUUGGGCUCCAGGGACCACGCAUCCGCUCCAUAAGACGCACAGACAUUUCCCCUUACUUUUUAGGAAGAAAAAAGUGUGUCUUAAUACGGUGUUUGCCAUUGACUUAUUUAGAGCAUUUGAAUCCCACUCCUCAGGCAAAAAGGCUCCGGGAGUGCCUUACAUGCAGAUGGUCAAAACAAGACAAUUGGAUACCUCAGUCAGUAGAGCAUGAGACUCUUAAUCUCAGGGUUAUCCAUUCGAACGCCAUAUUGGGCAAAAGAUUCCUGCCUUUCAGGGCGUUGGACUAGAUGGUUCUUGUGGUCUCUUCCAACUCGACAAUUCUAUGAUUCUAAGACGGUUCCUGCCCGCCAUUUUUCAAUCUAGAAAAAAACAAUAGGCAGCACACAAGGCAAACAGGACGGGAAGGGAAGAGGAAAAAGAAAAAACCAAACUGGGGCAACAGUUGUUCAUGCAAUGACCAGCUUGCAUAGUUCAGGGGUAGGAGGUUCCUGAUGGAGCUGGGCUUUGGGCAAAACUCCUUUGUCCUUUGGGUUGGGGGUUAGGUGGGCUAAGCCAUCCUUCACCAACCGGGUGGACUGCAACAUCUGGUUGCUGAAGACCUGUGCAGGCUCCCAGCUCCGUCUUCUCCUUCUACCCAUUCCUGGAAGCCAAAGUGGUUUAUGUGUGUUCUGAGGACUAAGGAAAAGCAAAGUUCUCCUCCACUGGGAAGUACCGUACUUUUCCGUGUAUAAGACGAGUACACUCAUACCUCAUGUUACGUUUGCUUCAGGUUGAGCGUUUUCAGGUUGCGUCCCGCGGCGACCCGGAAGUACCGGAAAGGGUUACUUCCGGGUUUCGCCGCUUGCGCACGCACAGACGCACAAAAUGACAUCAUGCGCAGAAGCGGCGAAUCGCGACCCGCGCACGCACAGACGCGGUUGCGUUCUGCUCAUGUUGCAAACGGGCCUCCGGAAUGGAUCCCGUUUGCAACCAGAGGUACCACUGUAUUUCUAUGUGAAAUUAAUGUUUAAAAAUUGGGGUCGUCUUAUACACCGGGAGUGCAGAGGGGGGGCGAGUAACUGGUUUCUGCCGCGAGCCUGAGAUUGUCUUCGGUGUUCGUGUGGGUGAUUGGCAGCAACUGGUGGCGAGCGGGAAGACAUUUGGUGGCUUUUGCUCAACAACUCUGGGCAAUCCUCCCCCCAAAAACAACUCUGGACAAUUUCCCCCCAUUUUCUUAAUUUUUAGUUCCCCAAAAUAGAGGGCGUCUUAUACACGGAAAAAUACAGUAUUUUGCCUUUGAGGACCUUUCCUUCCACUGUUUGCGGAGAUGGGCUGGUAGCUGAACGGCUAGUUCGUGUUUACCGUCGGACUGGUUUGCUAGCAUGCAGGGAAACCUGGGUCAACAAGCAAAACAGCCACCAGCACCUGGGAUGAAACCCAAGUUUUCUCUAUCAGAAGAAGAGUUAGGCUUCUGUCCCAAACACCUAGGGAGUGAGCCCCACUUAACUUUGGGACACUCCUUUCAGGGUAAACAUACUGAGGAUUGCAGUUAUUAUUGUACCACUUAUAGCUUUGCUACUAAAGUUUGGACUCUCGGGAGUGAAGUCCAGGGUUCUUGAGUGGAGGAAGAAUUAUUAUUAUUAUUAUUAUUUAUUAUUUAUACCCCGCCCAUCUGGCUGGGCUUCCCCAGCCACUCUGGGCGGCUUCCAACAAAGUAUUAAAAUACAGUAAUACACCAAACAUUAAAAGCUUCCCUAAACAGGGCUGCCUUCAGAUGUCUUCUAAAAGUCUGGUAGUUCUUCUUCUCUUUGCCAUCUGGUGGGAGGGCGUUCCACAGGGCGGGUGCCACCACCGAGAAGGCCCACUGCCUGCUUCCCUGUAACUUGGCUUCUCGCAAUGAGGGAACCGCCAGAAGGUCCUCGGAGCUGGACCUCAGUGUCCGGGCAGAACGAUGGGGGUGGAGAUGCUCCUUCAGAUAUAUAUAAAGAACCAUGCUACCACUUUAGAAAGUCGUGGCUUCCCUCUGCCCCCCAAAAUGAUGGGAAUUACAGUUCAUUAAGGGCACUGAGAGUCGUAAGGAGACCCUUGUUUGGCUCGCAAAGCUACAAUUCCCAGAGUUCCCUGGGAAGAAGAAACAGAAAUCAUCCGGGCAUGUUUUGGGACUGGCACGGGUCAAAUUGCAGAGAUCUCUGGAUACCAGGCUGGCGACUGGGAAAAGCAGAAUGGCACUUAGAGAAGGAUCUGAGAUAUUUUCUUUGGAGCUUGAAUUUGUUUUAUUCUGGAGUGCCUGAUUUGAUGUUUUAAGGUGUUGUCAACUUCUUUGAGAUUUCUCAUUUAAAAUAUAAAGUGGUAAAUAUAUGAUGAUAGUGAUAUUUAUAGUUAUAAUGAUAAUAAUCUUCAGGGGCAAGAAGCCUCGACUUUCCAUUGUGGCGCCCGUAGCCCAGGUCUAAGGUGCCAUUUGGCGAUUAGAUUAUAUAUCUGAGUUUCUAACCCUGAGAGGGAUUGACUGUUAAACCUCUCUGUGAAUUGUAGGUCUGGGAGGGGAAUGAGUUAUUUCUUCCUUUUCCUGCUGAAUCAUACCAGGAAUUUUCCAGCUAUCCUGUAUGCAAAUAAGGCCACAGCAUGAGGCACGAUGAUUCCAAGUCAGCCCUGCUUCUGAGCUUUCUGAAAGCAAUGUUCCCACCGUUCCAAGCUUUUCUCUGAGACCAUGAGGGCUAGAAGCUUGGUUUAAAACUUGCAAAUGCACACGCACACACACACAGAGAGACAUGUUACUGUUGUUUCCUUUUCUUCCUUGCAUUUUGAUGCCCGGUAAAAACCUUGUUUAGACCAGUCUUCCCAGGUGUGUGGAAAGUUGAAGUAAUUUAAAUCUGUUUUAAUAUUCUACUUUUUGUAUGUUUUAAAGCAGGCAUCCCCAACCUGCGGCCCUCCAGAUGUUUUGGCCUACAACCCCCAUAAUCCCUGGCCAACAGGACCAGUGGUCAAGGAUGAUGGGAAUUGUAGUCCAAAACAUCUGGCGGGCCGAAGGUUGGGGAUGCCUCUUUUAAAGUAUCAUUUUUACUUUUCUUUGUUACUUGUUACUUUGUACUUUACAUUGUUACUUGGUUUUGCUGUUUUGUAAACCAUAUUAAGAACAAACAAACAAUUAAGCAGUGUAUAUACCGUAUUUUUUGCUCUAUAUGGCGCACUUUUCCCCCUCCAAAAAUGAAGGGGAAAUGUGUGUGCGUCCUGUGGAGCGAAUGCAGGCUCCUUGGCUUCAGAGAUAGCAACGCAAAGCCUCCAAAGCGCAGUGGGAGCGCUCCCUCCACGCUCCAGAGGCUACGCGUUGCUUUCGCUGAAGCUUGGAGAGCGAGAGGCGUCUGUGCGCACCGACCCCUCUUGCUCUCCAGGCAUCAGGGAUAGCCGCCUGAAGGCCUUCGGAGCGCAGCACGAAUUCCCGCUGUGCUCCGCAGGCUUCAGGUUCUUUUUGCUGAAGUCUUGCUCUCCCGGCUUCAGCAAAAGGAACCCGAAGCCUGUGGAGCACAGCGGGAACUCGCACUGCGCUCCGAAGGCUUCAGGGAUCUUUGAGGCUUCCCCCCGCCAGCCCCAAAGAGCAGGUCGAAAGGAACCUGUAGCCUCCGGAGCCCAGCAGGAACUCCUGCCAUGCUCCAGAGGCUUCAGGUUGCCUUGACUGAAGCCUGGAGAGCGAGAGGGGCAGUGCGCAGUGACCCCUCUCGCUCUCCAGGCUUCCCAGGUAGCCGCCUGAAGCCUCCAGAGUGCAGUGGGAACUCCUGCUGCGCUCUGGAGGCUUUGGGUGAACACACCUUGAAUGCACAGAAUGCACCUUGUUUUAGAGGGGGAGAACAAGAAAAAAAAAAUCUCCCCCUCUCUGCACAGCGCCCCUUCAGCGAAGUGGCAGGAGAAAACAAGGUGCGUCCUAUGGUCAGGUGCGUCCUAUAGAGCGAAAAAUACGGUACUUUAUGAAAUAAAGACACACACAGAGUAUCAUAGAACUGUAGAGUUGAAUGGGACCUCGGGGGUCACCUAGUCCAACCCCCUAGAUCAUACGUGACAAAUGGCCACCCAACCUCCAUGGAAGAUGGAGCAAGCUUGUUUUCUCCUGCUCUGGACGGUAGGACUCGAACCCAUGGCUUCGAGUUACAAGAAAGGAGAUUCUGACUCAACAUCAGGGAGAGCUUUCUGACAGUAAGAGUCGUUUGACAGUGAAACAGUCUCCCUUGGGAGGUGGUGGACUCCUCUUCCUUGGAGGUUUUUAAGCAGAGGUUGGGUGGGGGGUUGGACUAGAUGACCCCUGGGGAUCCCUUCCAGCUCUACGAAUCUUUGAUUCUAUGAACUCCUCUAUGAAUUCUCGAAGAGCAGGAUAUAGCUUUUGGGUGAGGCCCAGGGAAACCUCAGCUGGGGCUGAUGGGAAUUGUAGUCCACCUCGUAUUGAACCAUCCAUUCCCGUGGCGAUGCUUUGAAAGACCCACCGCUGAUUACGUUUAUCUUUUCUCUCCUCCAUGCCUGCCUGUCCUUCAGUGAAGCAGCCGCUCAGUACAACCCGGAACCUCCGGUAAGUCCUUCAUUUCCAUUUUUUUCUUUUUUUCCCUUUUUUCUUUUUAAAAUAUAUCUUUAUUAAUUUAAAAUAAAUACAUUUAUGAAAAACAGAUGUACAUACAAGUAAACAAACAUGCAACCAAACAAACAAAUAACAGAAAAACCAAACCAACCACCACACUAUAAGAAGAUUAAUAGAAUUAUCAUCAUAUAUACUCCUGGUAUUGAACACAAUUAUAACAUUUAUAGAAAAGAAAUUUAAAACUGACUUCCAAUCAAUCUCACUGUAUUUUGUCUACCCAUUACUUUAUACCGCACAGUUACAUAUUCCUUAUAUAAUUUCUUUUUACCUCCCUACGAACUUAUAUUUAUACAAUACAGGGAUCCGUCUAAUUCUGCCAAGAUGUUUCCUUUUAUUCCAUAGUUUUCUAAAUACAGUGGUGCCUUGCAAGACGAAAUUAAUCCGUUCUGCGAGUCUCUUCGUCUUGCGAAGCACGGCUAUUAGCGGCUUAGCGGCUAUUAGCGGCUUAGCGGCUUAGCGGCUAUUAACGGCUUAGCGGCUUUAAGAAAAAGGAAACAAACUCGCAAGAACUCGCAAGACGUUUGCGAAGCAAGCCCCUAGGGAAAUUCGUCUUGCGGAACGACUCAAAAAACGCAAAACCCUUUCGUCUAGCGAGCUUUUCGUCUUGCGAGGCAUUCGUCUUGCGGGGCACCACUGCAUUCUUUAAAGAUUCUCCAAUCCAUGUAGACUUUUUAUUUCAGUUGGCUUCUUGUCGCUUCCAUUUUUCUUGCUGCGCAGCAUUCAUUGCCGCUUGCGCUGGAGACAGGAUACUGGGCUGCCGAUUCAGGAAGCUGCCAGAAGUUUGAUUUUGGCCACUGCCUGGGAUUUUAUGGAAUAGAAUUGGGCAGGCUGGGUCCGUCCCCCCCGGCCUACACUGCUCUCAAACUUUCCAGGCACGGGUUUUCUCAAGUCCUCCAGGAGCUGAACCCUGGACGUCCUGCACAGGUUCUCGCCCUCCAAACUACGGCCCUCGUCCAAUUCCGUGUUUCUCUGUUUCUCUCUUCUCAGCCUCCUCGCAGCCACUUUUCCAACAUUGAAGCCAACGAAAGCGAAGAACAGCGGCAGUUCCGGAAGCUCUUUGUGCAGCUGGCGGGAGACGUGAGUGUUUUUGUCUCUCUAUCCACCCCGCCGGUGGCCUUUCCGUAAACACUGAGGACUAGCCUGAUGUGUCAGAUGGCAAUGGUGGUUUGCUCGUGAGUAACCAGUCAGGACUCCGACCUGUCCUUUACAGGUUUUAUUUUGUUGGUUUUUUUCAAAUUUCUUUAUUGAUUUUCACAUUUACCACAAGGAAAAAGGAAAAACAUUACAAAAUAAAGAGAAAAAAAAGACACAAAAAGGAAUUAUUACUUCAAAUCCCUAAUUUCAUUACAUUGAAAUCCCCUCUAACUGAAUUUCAUUAUAUCACCUUUUUAACACUUCUCCAAAUUCAUAUUUCUAAUGAUAUUAACUCCUUUCAAUUACUAACCUUUUCUCCUUUAUUAAUAUUCUAAUCCUUAAUAUUUAUUAACAACAUAUUCUUAUUCUACCCCUAAGCCUAUUAAUUUCUUCCAAGAAUUUUCUAUUUAUCUUAUAUUACAGUAUUUAGCUAAAUAUUCUUUAAAUUUCUUCCAAUCUUCUUGAUACUCCUUUCUGGCCGCGGAUUCUUCCAGUCGGGUCGGCCAGCUCCAAAAAGUCCAACAUCUUCAUCUGCCGUUCUUCUAUUGUUGCUAUCUCUUGCUAUUUCCGCUGCAGUUUUCUCUGUGAACUUGGUGGGCCUUACGUCUGAGUAAAACACACAUGGGAAAUGCAAAACAACUUUCUCUAGGCUCUGAACUUUCCCUUUUGCACUGCAGCCGACACCAUUCCCUUUCUUUUGUUCUAGGACAUGGAAGUCAGCGCCACGGAACUCAUGAACAUCCUCAACAAAGUGGUGACCCGGCGUAAGUGGAAGAUUAGUUUCCUUUGGGGCCUAUAGGGGUGGCAUUGGGAGCCGGUGGGAUGCCAGCACUGAUGGGAGUGUCUCAUAUUUAUUAUUUCAGUACCUAUUAACCCUUAUCAUCCCCAGCCAUUGGUCAUGCUGGCUGGAGCUAGUGGAAGAUUAGGUCCCCACAGCCAAGUCCCGUCCGCCCUGGCUGGAUGGCGCUCCCGGCUUCUGAUUCCGACAUUGGUCUCAACCCCCUUUUGCCUCUUCCUUUCCAGAUCCGGACUUGAAGACGGACGGCUUUGGGAUUGACACUUGUCGCAGCAUGGUGGCCGUCAUGGACGUAUCCUCUUGCCAGCUGGGGAUCUGGGGUUGGGUUUUGCUCCCUCUGCAUUCACACACACACACACACACACACACACACCGUAUUUUUUGCUCCGUAAGACUCACUUUUUUCUUCCUAAAAAGUAAGGGGAAAUGUCUGUCUGUCUUAUGGGGCGAAUGCCUGGUCCCUGGAGCUGAAUUGCCCAGGGGGGAAAGCAGAUGGUGCUUUUGAAAGAAGGAAGUGGGUGUUGAAACAAAGCCACUGACCUAGUUUUUAGAGGAGGAAAACAAGGAAAAAAUAUUCUGAACGAAACAGUGGAUGUGUGAUUUUUGUGGUGCUUGUGGCUUUUUGCUCCUUGACUGUGCCCUGUGCAGAGCGACACAACCGGAAAACUGGGCUUUGAGGAAUUCAAGUACCUGUGGAACAACAUCAAGAAGUGGCAGGUAAAAUGAAUUUUUUUUUGUUUGCAUCUAGCACACUCCUAUUUUGGGAUGGGGCUGUGGCAGGGUGGAUUUGAUUUAAAUCAAAUUGAUUUAAAUCACAAUUUAAAUCACUAGUCAGUAAGACUUAAUUUAAAUCCAUUUUUACAGAAAGGUUCAGCCUUGCUGGCAUCCCCUUAAUAUUUACAACCAGAGGAAGGUUUCAUUUUUGGAAUCAUAAAUUUUCAGAGUGGUUUUUACAAUUAUGUCAAAAAUGACUGAUUUGGUUAUACUAUUGGAAAUACACAGGCAGGUAAUUACGAAAUUGUUUAAAUUUGGACAACUUUUCUGCUGUACUUCAUUGGAAGGAGAAAAAUAAUAAUUUCCUUCAUAACAAUUCAAACAAUUUAUUUAACUAAAACAAUAACAUUAUAGCAUAUGUAUCCAUGUUUGUUAACCGAUGUGGUUAAACAAUUUUUUUUAAAAAAAAAAAAGCUUAGACUGAGUUUUAGCACACAUGAAAAACUUAAAUCAAAUUCCUUUUUCCUGAUGAAUAGCCUUUGGACUAUAAUGUAACUUAAACAGAAAACUAUCUUUAGAAAGAUUUUUCCUCCAAAAGCAUUUUAUUUUAAAAAUCUGAUUUAAGUUUUUAAAAAAAUGAUUUUUAAAAAUUUUAUUUUAAAGAAAUCAUGGAUUUUUAUUCACCCUGGGCUGUUGUGGAGUCUUGGGUUGGUGAGGACAUUAUUCCGUUUAGCUGUCCUAUUUGCCUUACCUGUCUUUUUGCUCUCCUCUCCCCACCUCCACUCCCAAUUUUGGGGUUUUCCGGACAUCAGUGCAUCUACAAGCAAUUUGAUACUGAUCGAUCUGGAACCAUCGGCAGCAGCGAACUCCCUGGAGCCUUUGAGGCAGCAGGUAAGGGGCAAACGUGAUUGGGUACCUAAAAAACGCCAUCCACACCAUACAUUUAAAGCACUAUGGCAUCAUUUUAAACAUUCCUGGCUUCCCCCAAAGAAUUCUGGGAGUUGUAGUUUGUUAAAAGGGUGUUGAAUCCCUUGCCGGAAUUAAGAUUGCCGGAAGAAAUAUCAACAACCUCAGAUAUGCAGAUGACACAACCUUGAUGGCAGAAAGUGAGGAGGAAUUAAAAAACCUUUUACUGAGGGUGAAAGAGGAGAGUGCAAAAUAUGGUCUGAAGCUCAACAUCAAAAAAACGAAGAUCAUGGCCACUGGGCCCAUCACCUCCUGGCAAAUAGAAGGGGAAGAAAUGGAGGCAGUGAGAGAUUUUACUUUCUUGGGCUCCAUGAUCACUGCAGAUGGUGACAGCAGCCAGGAAAUUAAAAGACGCCUGCUCCUUGGGAGAAAAGCAAUGACAAACCUAGACAGCAUCUUAAAAAGCAGAGACAUGACCUUGCCAACAAAGGUCCGUAUAGUAAAAGCUAUGGUUUUCCCAGUAGUGAUGUAUGGAAGUGAAAGCUGGACCAUCAAGAAGGCUGAUUGUGGAAGAAUGGAUGCUUUUGAAUUGUGGUGCUGGAGGAGACUCUGGAGAGUCCCAUGGACUGCAAGAAGAUCCAACCUCUCCAUUCUGAAGGAAAUCAGCCCUGAGUGCUCACUGGAAGGACAGAUCGUGAAGCUGAGGCUCCAGUACUUUGGCCACUCCGAGGUCCAGCGCCAAGGGCCUUCUGGCGGUUCCCUCACUGCGAGAAGUGAGGUUACAGGGAACCAGGUAGAGGGCCUUCUCGGUGGUGGCGCCCGCCCUGUGGCCCUCCCUCCCAUCAGAUGUCAAGGAGAUAAAGAACUACACAACUUUUAGAAUAUAUCUGAAGGCAGCCCUGUUUAGGGAAGUUUUUAAUAUUUAAUUCUGUAUUAUUUUUAACACUCAAUUGGGAGCCGCCCAGAGUGGCUGGGGAAACUCAGCCAGAUGGGUGGGGUAUAAAAAAAAAUAUUAUUAUUAUUAUUAUUAUUAUUAUUAUUAUUAUUAUUAAUUUAAGGAACCACAGAAAGGGGAAGGGCCUGAAAUGUUAAAUUGAUUGUAAAACUAAUGAAAUGUAUAAACUUGAAAAGUAUAAACAACAACAACAACAAUUAAUAAUAAUAAUAAUAAUAAUAAUAAUAAUAAUAAUAAUAGAAGAGCUGUUCUCUGACUAGCUCCUCCCUCUUUCCUGCCCUCCAAUUUCCCCCCUUUCCUUGCCAGGCUUCCGGCUCAACGAGCAGCUAUACAGCAUGAUCGUGCGCAGAUACUCUGAUGAGAACGGGAACAUGGACUUUGACAACUUCAUCAGCUGUUUGGUGCGCCUGGACGCCAUGUUUCGUAAGUCUGCAUCGCCGGGCGUUCUGCCAGAGGGAUCCCUUGCGGGUCCCUUGUUUCCUUUCCAAAAAGAGCUGUCUCAAGCAGCCGCUGGAUUUGGGUCGGGUGCCUCUGGUGACUCCACCCCCAGGCUGGCUGCCUUUUCACGGGAGUCCUUGCACCCACUUGUGUGAAUGUUGACACUGCCUGGGUUGAGGGCAUCACUGAUCCCCGCACUUCAAGGCUGGGGCUCUUGAGUGCAGAACCACAUCCUUCCGUGAUGAUACAGUCAUAUCUCGGGUUAAAUGUGCUUCAGGUUGAGCACUUUUGGGUUGCGCUCCGUAGCGACCCGGAGGUAACGGAACCCGUUACUUCCGGGCUUCACUGCUCGUGCAUGCGCAGAUGCUCAGAAUGACGUCACGCGCAUGUGCAAAAGCGGCGAAUCGCAACACGCGUGGACACGGGUUGCAUUUGCUUCAGGAUGCGAACAGGGAUCCGGAACGGAUCCCGUUCGUAUCCAGAGGUACCACUGUAUUAACUUACGGUAGGUGUGUGUGGUUUGGGAGCUGCACGGUCAGGGGAAAAACAAUGCUAUCCAGGGUUGUAAAGACUGCAGAGAGAAUUACUGGGUGCACUCUUCCCACCUUGGAUCAAAUCUACGCUUCCAGGUGCCAUAAGAAAGCUGCAGAGAUAGCGCAGGAUAGUGCGCACCCUGGAAAUGAUCUCUUUCAGCUUCUGCCUUCUGGAAGAAGGUACAGGGUUAUAAAGACCAGGACUAGCCGCCUGAGAAACAGUUUCUAUCCAAAUGCGAUUUUGGUUCUAAACGCAGUGUAAGGUACUCUGUGUAGGAGUAUAUUGUAUUUAAUUAGGGGGUAUCAGAGUUUUUAGGGGGCCAACCAAGCUGGGAUAGCAGGCUUGUUGGUUUCUGAAUGUCUGAUGUAGAGUUUUUCAAUUUCGUUGUUCUGUAUGGGACAAUGGCAAUAAAGAUUAACGUAUCGUAUCCGUUCUGCUUUCAGGUGCCUUCAAAUCUCUGGACAGGGAUGGAAGCGGGCAGAUCCGUGUGACCUUGAAGGAGGUGAGGAGAACGUCUGGCUCUUGUUCCACUCCAGGGCAAGGGAGCUGAGCAGGAGGAAUCCGCCGAGUGCGGAAACCCAGCAAGGAUCCAAAGAUCUUGGGGACAGAAGGGUUAGGGUUGCUAAGGAAUGAGCCAAGCAAAAAACGACCGCAUGCAUUUAUUGUUUAUUUGAAAGCAUUUAUAAAAACACUUUUUAAAAAGCACCGCAAAGUGGUGCAUAAUAUAAAAAAUAUACAAAACAAACCAGAAUUGUAGAGCUGGAAGGGAUGCAGGAAUCAUAGCGGAAGCAUCUCUGACAAAUGGCCAUCCAACCUCUGCUUAGAAACCUCCAAUGAAGGAGAAGACUGUAUUUUUCGCUCCAUAAGACGCACUUUUUCCCUCCUAAAAAGUAAGGGGAAAUGUUUGUGCGUCUUACGGAGCGAAUGCAGGCUGCGCAGCUAUCCCAGAAGCCAGAACAGCAUGAGGGAUCACUGCGCAGCAAAAGCAGUGCUCUUGCUGUUCUGGCUUCUGGGAUUCAGAAUAUUUUUUUCCUUGUUUUCCUCCUCCAAAAACUAGGUGCGUCUUAUGGUCUGGUGCACCUUAUAUAGCGAAAAAUACGUUAUAUCACCACCCGAGAGAGUCUGGUCCAUUCUCAAACAGCUCUUGCCAUCAGGACGUUCUGACUAAUGUUCAGUCAGAAUCUUACACCGUUUGUGGGAUUCUGGGAACCGGGGUUUGGUAUGGCUGCCGAGAGUCCUUAGGAGACCCCUCCAGUCUGGAGGGUGGCAACACAAAAACAGGCCUUUUCUGUGGUGGCUCCCUGUUUGUGGAAUGCCCUACCUAGGAAGGCUCGCUUGGCACCUUCGUUACAGGGUCAGCUGAAAACUUUCCUUUAUAACCAGGCCUUUGGCCUUAAACUAUCUGUGGCCUGGGAUGGUUUCUCUUUCCUCUUGGUUUUAAUGUAUUUAUGUGGGGCCGAUUGUCUGGCUGGUUGUAAGUCGCUUUGGGUUGCCUUGGGCAAGAUAAAACAUCUAACAAAAUUUUAAUAAUAAUAAUAAUAAAUGCCACCACAGAGCUACAGUUCCCAGAGCGGUCCAACCGCCAAUCCCUCUUCCCAGAGAAUUCUGGGGGUUGUCGCUCUGCGAGUUUCCUAACGACGCUCAACACCCUUAAUGAACUACAGUUCCCAGGAUUCCCUGGGGGAAUUCAUGGCUUUUCAGAGCAAUGGGACACCGUUUUCAACGCACGGUGCAGACGGGGCUUAUUUUCCUGGGCCCAGCAGAAAGAGAAGGGAGCAACUGAGUCUCCCGUUGAUUUGCCGGAGGCAAACUUGCUAUAGUUCGGCUCAGGAAAAGCUUUUGCCGUGAGCUCUGCUUCCGAGGAGGGAAAUAAAGAACGAGGAGAUGCUGGGGUGCAGACAGGGAACAGCCUAUGGGUGAGACUGGGAGAUAUGGGGCCGAAUAGGGGAGCAGCAGACCAGCUUGCAGGAGACGGAGAGAUAAUAAUAAUAAUAAUAAUAAUAAUAAUAAUAAUAAUAAUAAUUUAUUUAUAUCCCACCCUCCCCAGCCGAAGCCGGGUUCAGGGCGGCUAACAACAAUAAAAUAGUACAACAUUCUAAAAUCAUUUCGUUAUAAAAUUAAUUCAACUCAAAUUGAUGGCAACCAUUAGGCUAAAGUUCUGUGAAGAUUGCCAAAGGAGGGAGUCAGACUGUGCCCUGACCAAAGGCCUGGUGGAACAGCUCCAUCUUGCAGGCCCUGUGGAAAGAUGUCAAGUCCCGCAGGGCCCUGGUCUCUUGUGACAAAGCGUUCCACCAACUCGGGGCCGGUACUGAAAAGGCCCUGGCCCUAGUUGAGACCAACCUAACCACCUUGCAAAUUGGGACCUCCAAAAUAUUGUCAUAUUGUCAUACCAGUGCAGCUGGUAUAGCACUGGGUGAAUGUGAUCUCGCAGCGAGGACCCCAUAAGGAGUCUCGCCGCGGCAUUCUGCACCCGCUGGAGUUUCUGGGUCAGUCUCAAGGGCAGCCCUACGUAGAGCGAGUCUGGAGGUGACCGUCGCGUGGAUCACAGUGGCUAGGUCAGGGCGAGAGAUGCAGAUGGGGAAGGAGUUGGGCUGGUGAGAUGCUUUGAAGAUGUGGACUAGAAACUUGGAGAGGGUGUGGAGAGUGACGUUCGUCUUCUUUUCCCCAGUGGCUGCAGCUCACCAUGUAUUCGUAA